AUGCUUAUAAAUGACAAGGUGAGUUUUACACAGUACUCAUUCACUGUAGCUUCAAGCUUGUCCCCCAGUUUCCCGGGACUUUAUAUAUCUAUAUCUCAACUAGGCUUCAGACAUGUACGCCUGUGCUAAGUUUGUCACCUCACCUUCUGUGCUACGUGGAGGCUCGAAGAUCCUGGCCCGGCCUAUGUCAGUGUCAGUCUUCAACAGACCUGAAGUCAGAACUGAGCAGGCAGCCCUGUUGCCAGUGAGUGAUCAGUACCUUCUGAAUGUGAGCCGGAGCUUUCAGACCAGUGCUGUGUCCAGAGACAUCGACACUGCAGCCAAGUUCAUUGGUGCUGGGGCUGCCACAGUAGGUGUGGCCGGAUCAGGAGCUGGAAUCGGAACAGUUUUUGGCAGCCUCAUCAUUGGCUAUGCCAGGAAUCCCUCCCUGAAGCAGCAGCUAUUCUCUUAUGCCAUCUUGGGGUUUGCCUUGUCUGAGGCCAUGGGGCUCUUCUGUCUCAUGGUGGCAUUCCUUAUCCUGUUCGCCAUGUAAUCUAUAUGCCUGCGUGCCGUCCUCCUCCGUUACCUCCCUGAGUUCAGGGAUUGGAAUCUGACGGGCAGCUCAUGGGGCCAUGGCGUUGCCAUUCCAGCAAAUUAGUAGAAAGCUCUAUCUUUUUAUGUUCCUCUGUAUCUUUUCCUCUUGAAGUUUUAUGUGAAAUCUCCAAUGCAGUUUGGACAGUCUGUCUAAAUAAAUGAUUGGGAUAACUAUC